AUGUUGUUUCCAGAAGAAGACACAGGAGAAUUGAAGAAGUGGAUUAUAAAGAGACUUGAAAAUACUUCAGAUGCAGAUGCAGAUGUUCUCGCUGAUUAUGUUCUUGCUUUAUUGCGACAUGAUGGAGAUGUUGAUGCGGUUCGACAACUUUGCCUGGCUGAAAUCCCCGAUUUCUUGAAAGAGGAUACAUCGAAUUUUGUACAGGAUGUUUUCAAUGCCCUCCAAUACAAGAGUUAUUUGAGUGCCGGACCUCCUCGUCGCCUUUCCCAAACAUUUGCGCCACCCACUGGACCAUCAGGUUCAGCUUUCAACAAUUUAAAUAUGGGAGCUCCGAUGGUCCCUCAAAACGGUUCUCGAAAGCGCGCAUACGACGUACGAGCCGAGGGAGACUCUCAGAUGUAUAUGGGAGGCGGAGACCAGAAUGCGCGCGCAUAUAAACAACCUCGACGGGGAAAUGGGGCAGGCCGUGGAAACUUCGAUAACCUCAAUAAUGGCAGAGGAGGAUUCCAAGGUCGUCCACAACAAAUGCAGAUGCCUAAUGCGCCAUUCAUGCCUAGUAUACCUAACAUGCCAGGUUCUCCAUCAGGAUUGCCUCCCCUAGAUCCAAACAAUCCAAUGGCAGCUCUUCUUGCUAUGCAGCAAGCGAUGGGUGCGAUGGGUCUACCUCUCCCCCAAGGUAUGCCAGGAUUUUCUCCCAAUGGAUCUACUCAGAAUAGAGGGCACACAGGCCCAAAUGCGCAAAAAAAACAACGAUGUCGAGAUUACGACCAGAAAGGAUUUUGCGCGCGCGGAAAUACUUGUCUGUUUGAGCAUGGGCAAGAUUCGAUAUAUGUUCCUGGGGGCGCUGCGAAACCUACAGACGAGUAUGAUCCAAGCAAUGCGUCGCUUAUGACUGGGAAUCAGAACCAAAAUGAUAAUGGGCAAGGACCGGCACCUUACAAAAGCUUCGACAAUAACCGUGGUAGUAUGGGACGUGGCAGAGGACAGUCCAUGGGCAGAGGUGGACCGCAAAUGAAUUCUGGCAGAGGUGGGAGAAGAGCAGAAUUUUCAUCAGACCGUCCAAACUUCAAUACAAACAAUACUACAAUUGUGGUUGAACAAAUACCAGAGGAAAAGUUCUCGGAUGAAGCCGUUCGGGAAUUUUUCUCUCAAUUCGGCAGCAUAAAGGAGGUAGACAUGAGACCAUAUAAGAGAUUGGCUCUUGUCAAAUAUGACGAUUGGAACGCGGCAAACACAGCAUACAGCUCACCCAAGGUAAUUUUUGAUAAUAGAUUUGUAAAGGUUUAUUGGUACACAAAUCCUGAAUCACUUCCAAAGCCCCCAUUCAAUGGAUCAUCUAAUGGCGCAACCAAUAAUGGAGCGCCUGUCUCAGUUCCUGCAAGAGAGACAGAUGAACCCCAGUUUGAUAUAGAAGAAUUCACGAGAAAGCAACAAGAGGUACAGAGAGCACACGAGGAAAAAAUGAAGAAGAAACAGGAAAUGGAAGCCAAUCGUAAGGAAUUGGAGAGACGCCAAGAGGAACUUCUUAAAAACCAAGCCGAGGAAAAGAGAAAGUUGAUGGAGAAACUUGCGGCCAAGACUGGCAAAUCUGCAUCUCCCAUCAUCAAGACAGAGGAUGGGUCUCCCGCGCCUGCAGCUUCAUCUCAAACGGAAGCCUUGAAGAAACAGCUCGCUGCCCUUGAAGCGGAAGCUCAGUCUUUGGGAUUGCCAGGUCUGGACAGCCCCCUUUCCGAUGAUACAUGGGGUGGACGAGGUCGUGGACGUGGUGGUUAUAGAGGAAGAGGCACAUUUGCUCCACGUGGUUUCCGAGGAGGAGGCUACAGAGGACGUGGUGGCGCUCCCUUUGCUGGUAGUGCACCUGCCCGCUACACCCUUGAUAAUCGGACGAAGAAGAUUGCUGUCACUGGUGCGGACUUUACAAAUCCACAAACGGACGAGAGUUUGAGAGAACAUCUUUUGGGCAUCGGAGAAUACACCGAACUCACAAAAACGUCUACCGGCUGUCACAUAACCUUCAAAGACCGUCACACGGCCGAGAAAUUCAUGUUCGGUCUCCAAAAUGGUGAAGUUCCUUCGGUGGGAAAGGUCGACCUUGCGUGGAUUCAAACACCGUUGCCACCGGUCAUCUUGCCUAAUACUCAAAAUUCAGCAGGAGGCGGAGAUGUCAAGAUCGAAGGUGCAAUGGAAGGUGAUGCCAUGGCGCAAGAUUCUACUUCGAUGGGUAUGGGUGGAACAGGGGGCGAGAGGGACAUGCAGGAGAAUAUUGAUUAUGAUGUUGCAGGUGACGAUGACUGGGGUGUGCAAUAG